AUCUGGAGUUGUUCUCUGUUUUAAAUGAUAUUAAACGUCUCUCCGUGGUGCGUUCAGGUCUUUGUCCGGACUGGGAGAACUGGGAUCCCAGCCAGCCGGUGGAGAACGCCCGGGAGGCCAUGCAGCAGGCUGACGACUGGCUGGGCGUGCCUCAGGUGAUCGCCCCGGAGGAGAUCGUGGACCCCAACGUGGACGAGCACUCGGUGAUGACCUACCUGUCCCAGUUCCCCAAAUCCAGACUGAAGCCCGGUGCCCCCCUGAGGGCCAAGACGCUGCACCCCAAGAGGGCCAGGGCCUACGGACCGGGUGUGGAGCCGCGCGGGAACAUCGUCCUGAAGCCGGCCGAGUUCCUGGUCGAGACGGUGGAGGCCGGACUCGGGGAAAUCCUGGUUUACGUGGAGGACCCUGAAGGCCACACGGAGGAGGCCAGAGUGAUCCCCAACAACGACAAGAACCGGAGCUACUCGGUGGUCUACCUGCCCAAAGUGGAGGGGCUUCACAAAGUCAAGGUUCUGUUUGCGGGGCAGGACAUUGAGCGGAGUCCCUUCAUGGUGAACGUCUCGAAGGCGCUGGGCGACCCGAGCCGGGUCCAGGCCCGCGGGCCGGGGCUGCAGCUGAGCGGGAACGUGGCCAACAAACCCACGUAUUUCGAUAUUUACACCGCAGGCGCCGGAGCCGGAGACGUUGGAGUCGUCAUCGUCGACUCAAACGCCCGCCGGGACACGGUGGAGAUCGUGCUGGAGAACAAGGGGGACAGUAUUUUCCGUUGCACCUACGUUCCAGUCCUGGAGGGGGCGCACACCAUCUGCGUGACCUUCGCCGGGCAGCAGAUUCCCAGAAGCCCCUUCACCGUGAACAUCUCAGAGCUUUCACAGAUUGCCCUCCCCCCCAGCGGGUCUCCGGUGCAUAGAGAGCCAGUCUCUGUGCCUCAGACCGCCUGCACCCCCCCCUCAGACCGGACCCGGAGAGCCCCCCCCCCUCCAACGCCACCUCGAUCCAGGCGACCAACCUGUAACCCGAACUCGUGCAGGGCGUCGGGUCGCGGUCUGCAGCCGAAGGGUCUGCGGGUCAAAGAGGUCGCCGAUUUCAAAGUCUACACGAAAGGAGGCGGCAGCGGCGAGCUCAUCGUCACCGUGAAGGGACCGAGUAAGACCUCAUUAGAUAUAUUUAUAUAUUCUAUCUGA